AUGGGAAGCAACCAGUCAUGGGUCACAGAAUUCAUCUUGGUGGGAUUCCAGCUCAGAGCAGAGAUGGAGGUGUUCCUCUUCUGGGUCUUCUCCCUGUUGUACAUCUUCAGCCUGCUGGCCAAUGGCAUGAUCUUGGGACUCAUUUGCCUGGACCCGAGACUGCACACCCCCAUGUACUUCUUCCUCUCACACCUGGCUGUCCUUGACAUGUCUUAUGCUUCUAACAAUGUCCCCAAGAUGCUGGCAAACCUCAUGAACCAAAGAAGAACUAUUUCCUUUGUUCCAUGCAUAAUGCAGACAUUCCUUUACUUGGCUUUUGCUGCUACUAAGUGCUUGAUAUUGGUGGCAAUGUCCUAUGAUCGGUAUGUGGCCAUCUGUCAUCCCUUACAUUAUGCUGUCAUCAUGAGCUGGAGAGUGUGCACGGCCCUGGCUGUCACUUCCUGGUCCUGUGGAUUUAUCCUCUCCCUGGUACAUGCCCUGCUCCUCCUGAGGCUGCCCUUCUGUGGGCCUCGGGAAGUGAAGAUCCUCUCUGUCCUCAAGCUGGCCUGUGCUGACCCCUGGAUCAACCAAGUGGUCAUCCUUGCUGCCAGUGUUUUUGUCUUAGUGGGGCCUCUGUGCUUAAUGCUGGUGUCCUACACGCGCAUCCUGCUGGCCAUCCUGAGGAUCCAGUCAGGGGAGGGCCGUAGAAAGGCCUUCUCCACCUGCUCCUCCCACCUCUGUGUGGUGGGGCUCUUCUUCGGCAUAGCGAUGGUGGUUUACAUGGUCCCAGACUCCAGUCAGCGAGAGGAGCAGGAGAAAAGGCUGUCGCUCUUUCACAGUCUCUUUAACCCAGUGCUGAAUCCCCUUAUCUACAGCCUGAGGAACUCCCAGGUGAAGGAUGCCCUCCGCAGAGCCUUGCAGAAGAGGUCCAUGUGA